CGGUUGGAUGGGGAAACGCGUUUAUUCUCGCUGCUGUCGGGAUUUUCCGGAUCAUUAGAAACGCUGGCUUUUGUGUAACACUGUUUAAAACGGCUGAUGUUCGUCCAUGUGUUUUACAAACUGGAACCGUUGCAUAACAUUUACGACAUGCUUCAGAACAGGAACGAACAUGACAAGACGUCAUUUUCGAUAAAAUGAUUCUGAAUGACCUAUAGAUAAGCCAAGAAAGACCUUGCCUGUCUGGUACCUGUCUUAUAAUCGGAUCCUCCCUUUGAAGAUCGGAUACGUCUGAACUCUGUUCUACACAGAAAAUGUCCAUAACGGACCACAGCCCCACCACUGGUGUGGUGACAAUUAUAGUGACUCUGAUUGCAAUUGCUGCUUUGGGAGCGCUCAUCUUCGGCUGCUGGUGCUACCUGCGGCUUCAGCGCCUCGCUCAGUCUGAGGAUGAAGAGAGCAUUGUCGGCGAAGGUGAAACCAAAGAGCCCUUCCUUUUGGUUCAGUAUUCGGCCCACGCCCCUCGGGUCGAUCAUAAGAGCAAGCUCGCCCCUACUCACACAGAGAGCCACAGCUAACUCCUUUCUUCAGAAACAUUCACGGAAGGAUCACAUUUCUUGGCUGAUUUGUUAUGUGACACACACAGCACUUAUGUUAAUGUUCUUUUAAUGAAAAGAAAAUAAAACAUCAAAGAGCCAUUUAAAUGCAUGCAUAUACCUAGCUACUCGAGCCUCCAAUUUCUGUUUCUGUAGAACCCUGUCAAAAUGUGAAAUGUAUGUUUUGUGUGUUAGCUGGUUGUUACUUAUGCCUAGUUCACACUACAUGAUUCUUGCCCUGAUUUUCGCUCGCCGACUGGUUGGCGCUAGAUUUGCCGCUUAGGAGCAACUCGGUGUUCGCUCGGCGAUCUAAACUCGGCUCUUAAUCGCCAUGUGUGAGCUACUCAACAACUCGAUCCGAGCGGCUCGCCGAGCGCUCUCUGAGGAGAGAUAUCUAUCAUGUUGAAUAUCUGGAUCAGUCGGUUGCGACUGGCAAUGAGUGCGGUGAGGGAGAUAAUAUAGUUUAUAUCAGAAUACAUCGGCACACACACAAGCUUUACAAUAUUUGUGAAGUUAUCGUCCAUGCCAAACCAUAAUAUCAACACUGCAUUACAAAAAAUAUUUAGUAACUUCCAACUCGGUAUAGAUCAAAACAAUCCCUGCUGGUCGUGUUGCCAAAUCCAGUCGAAUUCAUUUAUUUUUCUCUUUAAUUUUACACGGCACAUCAGUGCACAAACAACUUUGAUCGCUCGCUACUUGUUGACGUGCAUUUUUGGACGUGGUAUCAUUAAACUCCUCUUUACUUCUCGCGUUUGUUUUCGUGACAAAACGUAGUUUGGGAGACCAGAGAAGCUCACCUGUGAUUCCACUUGGUGAUAGAUCGUGUAGUGUGUGACCCCCUAUCGCCGAUCAGUCUUGUAGUGUGAAAGCCACACAGAUUUGAAAGACUCCCGAUUGCAAGAGAUCCAGUUGUGUAGUGUGAACUGUACAGCGACCUGACGACUUGGAAAGUCGUGUAAUGUGAACUUGGCAUUAGUUGCUGUUUUUUUUUUUACCUUGCUCUGUAGAGGGCACAAAUGCUUUUAUGUUGUAUUUUUAGAAGAGCUCUAGGUUAACGAAAACUAAGAGAGUAAAGAGUCAAUUUAGGGUUGUUUAUUAACAGUAUGGGGUUUAUUCACUAGAGCAUAUAACAUUCUAUAGAAUGUUAAUUUAGAAUACAAGAAGUGUGCACAUCGGGCACAGAAUAUAGCUUUAUCUGGCAACAUGCUGGUAAAGUAUUGGGAUUGCAUGUCUUACUUUAAAGUUGAUUCUGCUCCAAAUUCUUUCGUUAGAUUCUAAUGUAAAAGCUUUAUGUUACUGUUAACGGCCACAGAAAACCAAUUAUUCCAAUGUAUGUUUACUUGCUUUAGUUAGUGCUCUUAAACAGAGCAUACUUGGUGAUUAAAGCUGUUUUGUUAAGACAAAGUUAUAUAAAGUCUGUGAAAGU